AUGGCUUCAUCUAACCCGACAUCUCCCACUCUUCCCGCCUUGUCGCCAUUAUCGCCGCACUCGUCGAGAGCUGUUGAAAAUCCUCUGGCCGAGCCGCUUCCCGCCCUUGUGACCACGUUCUCUGCUCUGACCCCUACCCAACCAUCCAUGCCCAGCCCGAACCCUCGGUCCAGCUGCAAUGCCAAUGGCACAAUUCGUCGACGAAACAGCCUCGCAUCACCAGUGAUGUCUCCUGCGCAAGCCGCUUUUGCGCCAAUGUCUCCUGCACGAGCCCGGGAUCGAAUUCGGACGCCUGAAAGAGCACACUUUCACUACGCCCACACACCAGUCACAGCUAGUUUCCCUCGCGAGAACGGCCGGCAGAGUCGCAUGGCCAUGCGCAGCCCGGCGUAUGAAAGAGUCUUGACUCUGCCUUUGCGUGUCAAUACAGUACUUACCAGUGAGACCAUUCGUGAAGAAGACCAGGCAGAAUGCGUACCUACCCCAUUCUCUGACGCACCGACGCCUAUGGACUGGACACCAGCAAUCGUCACCAAAUCCGCAUCGCCCACGACCAGCGCUAGACGCCUCAUCCGCUCUCACACUCCUGCCCCUAUUCGAACUCAGGCUCGCACUCCUAUUCGCAGACAACCUCAGAAAAACAGCCGCCUUCCCUCGCCGCCCAAAUAUCACAUUCAGGUCAUCCCCACCAUUUCGCCCACAACCCAACGAAACAGACAGCAUUACCUGUCCAGCCUCGAGCACUUGCGUGCCCCCUUGGUUCCUCUGAUAUCCGUGACGACGGGCCUCCCACACCCGGAAUUCCCAACGAGUCUCCUGCAGUACCACCUCCUUACCCAUGAGCAACUGGACUCUCUGGCACGAUGGUAUCACCAAGUCACACCACCGGUUGAGGAGACGUUCCAAUACCCAGCCUGGAUUCCUGCUUGGACGAGUCUUCACCGGCCGCGCGAGCACACCUCGACCAAUACCGCUGCCGAGGUGAGGGUGGACCUUGAUACGAAGCGAAGGAGAUGGGGACGGUUUAUCGGCCUACGAGGAUGCGAGAGUCCCACCACGGACGAAGCAGGGAACGGUGCUGCAGACGGAGACGGGGACGGAGACGGGGACGGAGACGAUGGCGAAGAAGGAAGGACCGAACGGCCCGACGAGCUUGCCAGACGCAUGGAACGCGAGUGGAGGCGGGCGCUUGAACGCGCAGAAGAGGAGGCCCGCGCGUACGAGAAGAGCUGGAGGGGCCGGUGGUGA